AUUUUACAUUUUACACCUGUGAAAAUUACAUUUUAAUUUUACUCAAAAGUUGAAGAGCAAGUAAUAAAAAUCCAGAGCCUUCUCCCAGCUCCCAGUAAGUAGCUCAUUUAAAAGAAUGUAAGUAUCAGAGUGACAAAACAUCCAAAGUACAUAAUUUUCUCUUCCAUAUCAUCUUUAUCAACAUCAGCAUCGUGAUAAUAACACCAGUUGAUAUUUUGGAGGCUUUUAUACUUUACAAGGAAGUUUCAUAUCAUCUCAUUUGACUAUCCAAACCAGUGAGGUGCGCCUUAUGAACAGAAACAUUAUUAAGAGUGAAAAGCCUUUUAAAAGCAUUCCAAGACUUCUAAAACACAAGUCUCAGCACAUCUGGAAAAUCCUGCAAAAUCCCAGCUACAGAAAGUCCAGAGACAACAAGUAAAACCCUUCAUGACCCUUGACUACCAGCUUGUCAACCAGACUCCUAAACGGUCACACCCUCCAACGCCAAGCAGUGCGCUUCUGGUGCAGCAAGGACACCUGUCUCCCGAGAGUGACGCUGGCUUUACUGGAAAUCCACUCACCAAGUUACUAACUCUUGGGAAAGAAGAUGACAAUGUGGAAUGGCAUAUGGAAGACGUAAUUGAGGAUAUAAUCGGUAUGGAGUCAAGUUUUAAAGAGGAAGGAACAGAUUCUCCUCUGCUAAUGCAAAGAACAUUGUCUGGAAGUAUUUUGGACGUGUAUAGUGGUGAGCAGGGAAUUUCACCAGUUAAUAUGGGCCUUACAAGUGCUUCCUGUCCAAGUAGUCUGCCAAUGAAAAGAGAAAUUACAGAAACAGAUACGCGAGCUUUGGCAAAAGAGAGACAAAAAAAGGACAACCACAACCUCAUUGAAAGAAGAAGAAGGUAUAAUAUUAAUUACCGAAUCAAGGAGCUUGGCACUCUUAUUCCAAAGUCUAAUGAUCCUGAUAUGCGCUGGAACAAAGGAACCAUUCUAAAAGCAUCAGUGGAGUACAUCAAGUGGCUACAAAAAGAACAACAGAGAGCUCGAGAAUUAGAACACAGACAGAAGAAAUUAGAGCAGGCUAACAGGCGGCUUCUACUCCGGAUUCAGGAACUAGAAAUACAGGCUCGUGCUCAUGGUCUGCCAGCCCUGGCUUCACUUGGCACAGUUGAUUUAGGUGCUCAUGUCACCAAACAACAGACCCAUCUUGAGCAGCAUUCAGUAGACUAUUGCCAACAACUGACUUUGUCUCAAGGGACCAGUCCUGAGCUCUGUGAUCAAGCUAUGGCCUUCUCUGAUCCUUUGUCACAUUUCACAGAUUUAUCCUUUAGUGCCUCUUUGAAAGAGGAGCAAAGAUUGAAUGACAUGCUACUAGAUGACACAAUAUCUCCAUUUGGAACAGAUCCUCUGCUAUCUGCCACUUCCCCUGCAGUUUCCAAAGAAAGCAGUAGGAGAAGUAGUAUUAGCUCAGAUGAUGGGAAUGAAUUAUAAA